AGUUGCUACUUCCAACAUCACCAAGCUUUUAAAAAAAAAGAAUUUCUCUAAAUGAAAUCCUUACUUUUGGUAUUGCCUUAUUUUUCCCAUCACUUGUUCUUGUUGCUACUUUUUCAUUUUACUUCCAAAUCUUUCUCACUAUGUAACCCCCAUGAUAGCUCUGCAUUGUUACAAUUCAAGAACUCAUUUUUCGUCAACACUUCUUCUAAACUCGAUACAUUUGAUCCUUGGUGUUCCUCUUUUUCUUUCAAGACAGAAUCUUGGAAAAAUAAUACAGAUUGCUGCAAGUGGGAUGGGGUCGCUUGCAGUAACGUGUCAAACCACGUGAUUGGUCUGGAUCUUACUUGCAACAAUCUGCUAGGUGAGUUACAUCCCAAUAGCACUCUCUUCAAACUUAGACACCUUCAACAACUCAACUUGGCUUUUAAUCAUUUUUCCAUCUCUUCAUUACCCGUAAGUAUUGGCGAUCUAGUCAGUCUCACACAUCUAAAUCUAUCAAACUGUGGCCUCAUAGGUGAUAUUCCUUCACAAAUCUCUCAUUUAUCAAAAUUAGUAUCACUUGAUCUUAGUAUUAAUUAUGAGAUGGAUCUCAAUCCCUUGACAUGGAAGAAAUUCAUUCAUAAUGCUACUAAUUUAGGUGAGCUUUAUCUUGAUCAUGUGAAUAUGAGUUCAAUAGAAGGGAGCUCUUUGUCUAUGCUAAAGAAUUUAUCAUCCUCUUUGGUUUCUCUUAGUCUAAGUGACACUGGGUUGCAAGGAUAUUUGUCAAGUGACAUUCUCACACUACCUAAUCUUCAAACACUCGAUUUCUCAUUUAAUGAUUAUCUUAGUGCUCAACUUCCAAAGUCCAACUGGAGCAAUCCUCUUAGGUACUUGGACCUCUCUUUCUCCAACUUUUCUGGUGAAAUUCCUUAUUCCAUAGGCCAGUUGACGUCUCUUACUCACUUAUCCGUUGCUCGAAACAAUUUUGGUGGGCUGAUUCCUCCAUCCUUGUGGAACCUCACUCAACUUACAUACUUGAACCUUGCUAGAAACAAUUUUGAGGGUGAGAUCCCAUCAUUACUUUCAAAACUUACAAACCUCAUUUCCUUAGAUCUUCAAUAUAAUAAAUUUAGCGGUAACAUUCCAAAUGUUUUUGAAAAUUUAAUCAAAUUAGAAUAUUUAGAUCUUUUCAGUAAUAAAUUAGUUGGCCCAAUUCCAAAUGAAAUCACAAAUCAAUCAAAAUUGAGCACUCUGUCUUUAGGACAAAACAUCUUAAAUGGAACAAUUCCACAUUGGUGUUAUUAUUUGCCUUCUUUGUUACGUUUGGACCUCAGUGACAAUCACCUCACAGGAUUUAUUGGUAACUUCUCAACUCAUUCAUUAGAAUAUUUGUUUCUCUCUAAUAACAAUUUACAUGGUCAUUUUCCCAAUUCAAUAUUUAAACUUCAAAAUCUUACUUACUUAGAUCUUUCAAAUAACAACAUUCAUGGGAGAAUUUCCAAAUUGUUUCAAAAGAAGCUCUUAAACUCAUGGAAGAACAUUAAACACAUUGAUCUUAGUUUCAACAAGUUGCAAGGAGAUCUUCCAAUUCCACCCUAUGGCAUUCAAUACCUUUUACUCUCAAAUAACAACUUCACAGGAGACAUUGCUUUGUCAUUGUGCAAUGCAAGUUCCUUGCAAGUUCUCAAUUUGGCUCAUAACAGUCUAACAGGCAAAAUACCAGAAUGUUUGGGAACAUUUCCUUUUCUUUCUAUAUUGGAUAUGCAAAUGAACAACUUCUAUGGAAGCAUUCCUAGAACCUUUUCCAAGCAAAAUUAUUUUGUGACAAUAAAGUUGAAUGACAAUCAAUUGGAAGGACCACUACCACGAUCUUUGGCUCAUUGCACAAGCCUUGAAAUUUUGGACCUUGGAGAUAACAACAUAGACGAUGCAUUUCCGAAUUGGCUUGAAACUCUACAAGAGUUACAAGUGCUCCGUCUACGAUCAAAUAAACUUCAUGGUAAAAUCACAUGUUCUAGCACCGAGUAUUCAUUUCCUACGUUGACAAUUUUUGACAUCUCUCAUAACAAUUUAAGUGGACCCUUGCCAACAUCAUGUAUCAACAACUUUCAAGGAAUGAUGAAUGUGAAUGAAUACCAAAUUGGUCCGCAAUAUAUAGGUAUGGAGAAUUACUAUAUUGACUCUGUGGUGGUUGUAAUGAAAGGUUUUUCUACGGAGCUAACCAGGAUAUUGACUACUUUCACAACAAUUGAUUUAUCAAACAACAUGUUUGAAGGAGAAAUUCCUCAUGAAAUUGGAGAAUUAAUUUCUCUCAAAGGUCUCAACCUUUCAAAAAAUGAAAUCACAGGUAAUAUUCCUCAAUCUUUGAGUAAUUUGAGAAAUUUAGAGUGGUUGGAUCUUUCAAAGAACCAAUUGAUAGGAGAGAUUCCAACAACUUUGACAAAUUUGACUUUCCUUUCUUUCUUAAACCUUUCACAAAACCAUCUUGAGGGAAUUAUACCUAAAGGUAAACAGUUUGAUACAUUUGGAAAUAAUUCCUAUGAUGGAAAUGCAAUGUUAUGUGGAAUCCCAUUAUCUAAAUCAUGUAAAAAUGAUGAAGAUCAGCCACCACAUUCACCAUCAAAAGAUGAACAAGAGGAAUCAGGAUUUGGAUGGAAAGCAGUAGCAACAGGAUAUGUGUGUGGGGCAAUAUUUGGAUUGUUGUUUGGGUAUAAUGUGUUCUUCCUUGGGAAACUCCAAUGGCUUCUAAGAUUUUUUGAACAUAUGUUUAACGUAAGACUUAAAAGAACACACAAGAGAGUGGGUGGAAAUCGCAGAUGAAUGAAUUAGUUUGAUGAAGUUGUUUUUAAAUAUAAAGAUAUGAAUUGUUUCAAGUUUGAACUUUUCUGUAUUAGUAAUGUAGUCUUGUUAUCGUAUCUUAAUUUCCCAUCA